GUUCACCUAAACGUUAAGACUGAUAUUAUUACAUGUUACGGCUGAGUUGUUGUUUCGGAAGAAAUUAACAACGGCUGAGUUAAAUCCGAGUUACAUAAACAUAGACUGACUUAUGAGUACAGAAUCUGAGUAAACAAAGAAGUAGUAGUAGCAACUAAUACAUUUAAGACUUCAUCCUAAGACAUUCAAUAAUUCUUAUGAUCUCAGUUAUGUCUUUCUUCAUAUCAUCUAAUUCUGCUUUUAUAGCGGCCAAAUCCUGCUCUAUCGUCGCGAGUUUGUUUGCCACAACUACAAACUCUUCAUCAUGUGCUUCAUCAAGCCAUUUGAAAACAUGGUUUUGACCCGAAUUUGCUCCACAUCGAUAAAAUCUUCUACCCGGAUUCUUUAUUGUACCUGACGUUAACACAAUGGUAGCAGCUCCACAGUCGCACGUCCUUGGAAUUCCACGCUGUAGAUCCAUCUAAUUUAUACAUCAUAGCACACAAAAAUAAUGCAAAAUCGAACAAGGCCAAAAUACAAAAAAUAAUUCAAAAUCGAUUUUGGACGAAAGAGACUUACUUUAGGUUUUAGAAGUCGACUCUGGUUUUUCCUUUAUCUUUUACUUGUAAAUAUUGGAAAUAUAAUAGGGAAAUCAUAUUAAAUAUAAAGAUCACGCGUGUCCAAAUAAAAUAAACAUAUAAUGACCUCGAUAUCGUAAAUUACUCGGACAUGCGUGUCAGGACAUAACUCGACACUGAGUUAAAUUAUGUAUGACUCUUUUGGCCAACUUUUAUUUUUCGACAUCAUUAAAUAUUAACAAUUUUACGGCUGAGGUUUAGUUUUCGGUAUUAUUAAUUAUUAACAAUGUUACGGCUGAGUUUUAUUCUUCGGCAUUAUUAAUUAUUAACAAUGUUACGGCUGAGUUAUAUUUUCCGGCAUUAUUUACUUUACACAAGGAAAAAAAAAAGAAAUCAUUUUCGUCCCAACGCGAAAAAAAAAAGAAAAGCUCUCGACGACAGGCGAUUUCGAAGCGUCUCGAUACGAAGAUGCCUAAUUCGCACAAACCUCAUUUCUUGAAGCCUCUGCUUCCCGAUUUCCACAGUGGCGUGACAAUACCACUUGGCUUCUUCUCACAGCACAUAGAAGGGAAGACAAACCGGAAAACAUGGAAACUAAGAUCGGACGCUACAGAUCAAACUUGGGAAGUGAUACAAGAAGGCAGGAGACUCACCGGAGGUUGGAAAGAUUUCACCACAGCACAUGACCUUCAAAUCGGUGACAUUGUCAUCUUCAAACACGAAGGAGAUAUGGUGUUUCAUGUCACACCAUUUGGUCCUAGCUGUUGUGAGAUUCAGUAUACACAUCCUCACAUCAUCAAGGAAGAAGCCGAUGCGGAUGAUGCUCCUUCUUUCUCAUUUGACUAUUGUUUUCAGGCUGAGGUCACUGCUUCGAAUCUAAAAGAAGACAAACUUUAUCUUCCUGAGGGAGCUACGACUUGUACUGCUUUGAACAAACAAUGCCAAGAGAUAAUACUUGUCAACAAAGAGGGAAAUUCAUGGACUGUGAGUUUGCGAUUUAGCGAAGCAGACGGCAUGUAUUACAUCAGAAGAGGCUGGAGAAAGUUCUGUCGUGCUAACAGAUGCGCCAUAGGAGACUUAUUUGUGUUCAAUGUGGUUGGAGAUGGGAAAACUACUCCACUAAUGUGUGUAUGUCCGGAAAGGGAAGAGUGAUUUUGAACCUAAACUUAUGUAUGUCGAACCAGAAAUUUAUGUAUGUCUCUUUUUAUGGCUGACUAAUAUUCAUAUUAUGGUUGAGUUAUUGUUUAUGUUAUUGUUUGAUUAUGACUGACUUCCACUGAACGUUAUAGCUGAGUUACUAUCUUAUUAUGACUGACGAAUACUCAUAUAAUGGCUGGGUUAUUGUUUGAUUAUGACUUAAUUAACGUAACGGCUGAGUUGCAGUGAACGUUAUAACUGAGUUAUUAAAACAUUAUGACUGACGAAUACUCAUAUUAUGGCUGGGUUAUUGUUUGAUAGUGACUUAAUUAACGUAACGGCUGAAUUGCAGUGAACGUUAUAACUGAGUUAUUAAAACGUUAUGACUGACGAAUACUCGUAUUAUGGCUGGGUUAUUGUUUGAUUAUGAAUUAAUUAACGUACUGGCUGAGUUGCAUUGAACGUAAUAGCUGAGUUACUAAAAACAUUGCGUCUAAAUUAUGAUUACAACACAUGACUACGCAAAGAAAUAGUGCCAAAAUAUGGCCAUACCAAACCCACAAACCACCACUGGAAACAUCAAACACUUCAUCUUUUCCGCUUUACCGAGUUCUUUCUCCAACCGACCAACGUCUACUCUCAGAUCUGAUAUGCCUUUGGUCAUGUCACUCAUCACCGAUUUCAUAUCUUCUACCUCUUCCACCAAGCACUCGUCCGCCCAUUUGAAUAAAUGUCUCUGAUUUCACCAACAUGCCCAGCUCUUAGUAUCACAUUGACAGUAUAAUGAAUAAAAUUAAAAAUCAAACCUUAAUAUAUCCUUUGCGACAGCAAUAGUACAGUCUUCCUGGAUUAGCCCGUGAUGCAGAUGUACAUAAUUCAGCGGGUUCACCACACCAACACUGUUUCGGCGUUCCUCUUUCCACAUGCCGGCGGUGAAAGUAAGUGUUACCAGACACAGAUGAUGAAGAAGACAUUUUCUUUGAAUGAAAGAGAAAUUGGUGUGAAAGACAAAGUUAAAACAAUAGUGGUAGUAAUAUAAAAUCAUUUUUUUUUAAAAAUUCAAAUAAAGAGGAAUAAUUUAAAUUAAUAAACUAUUAAAUGCCUCGAUAUUAGGUUUGAGCCGUAUUUUUCCACACACUUGAUGCACUUUAAUUAUUACAGAACUCAAUCAAAUCAAGAAAUACGAAAGGUUCUUUAUUAUUUUAUCAAACACUUAAGUUGAAUUCGUAUUACGGCUGUGUUAGCGUCUAUAUUUUGGCUGAGUUAACGUAGACGUAUUGACUGAGUUACAUUAAAAAUAACAAUACCUCGAUUAUGUAAAUAAUCCGAUACA